UGUCAGUUCAAUUUGAAUUGAUAUUGGAAACAGAAGGUGCCAAUUUUAAUAUCCAGUGAGCUGUAAAAACUUACAAAACAAAACUACUAAAUCGUGAAAACUUAUAACUAUGGAAGAGGAAUCUACACUGGCAGAACCGUCGCUAGACAAACAAUUAAAGGGACAUAAAAAUGCUAUCACUUCGCUUUAUUUUAGCGGAAAUGAAAAUCAAAUAGCAACAGGGUCUUUAGACAACAGUAUUCUAUUAUGGCAGCUACAUGGGUGUAUGAAGAGUUACCGGUUCCAAGGGCACACGGAAGCUGUAACGGACGUAACGUUCUCGCCUUCGGGCAAGCACAUGGCCUCAGCAUCUCGCGACAAGACUGUGCGGCUCUGGGUGCCGACAGUAACGGGCAGCACCGGCGUCUUCAAGGCGCAUUCGCAGACCGUGCGCUCGGUGCAGUUCACACCUGAUGAAUCAAAGAUCUUAACAGCAUCAGAUGACAAAAUAAUCAAGCUAUGGUCCAAUGAGAGAUACAAGUUUAUAUCAUCUUUUGUUGGUCAUAAGAACUGGGUCCGUUGUGCCCGGAUGUCAUAUGAUGGCUGCAUUAUAGCCUCAUGUUCUGAUGACAAGACAACAAUGCUCUGGGACCCAGACUCUGGAAAAGAGGUUCACACUUAUAAAGAUCAGAAAGGUUUUGGAAUGUGUUUAGCAUGGCACCCCUCUGGUUGCUAUAUUGCCGUGGGAACAACCAAAGGCAAUGUCAAACUGUAUGAUGUUAGAACUCAUAAUCUUGUACAGUAUUACAGUAUACACAGUGAUGCAGUCACGCAGUUGUCAUUUCAUCCUAGUGGCAGCUACAUUCUCACAGCUAGUAAAGAUGGAAAAAUAAAGAUUUUGGACUUGCUUGAGGGUCAUCCUUUGUUUACUCUUACUGGGCACACUGGUUCAGUCAAUGCAAUCAAUUUCUCUCCUGGUGGAGACUAUUUUGCAUCAGCUGGUGAAGACAAACAGGUGCUUCUGUGGAAUACCAAUUUUACAGAGGUUUCAAAUGAAAUGAAAGAAAAUUUGGGAUCACAUAAAUCUCGAUCUCCCACUUCUGUGAAAGGGAAAAAACAGGACUGGUCAAUCUCUGCUGUUUCCUCAGAGUACUUUAAAGCCAUUCAGAAACUACAGUUCAGAGAUAAUUGCGCCUAUUAAUCAUAUUAAACAUUCUUCAUCAUGAUAGAUAUAUAAUGUCAAAAAAC